UGCAUUGUGGGCCAGUAGUAGCGUUGACCUCUCCAAGGCCAGGUCAGCGCGAAAAUGGAGUCAAUGUAUGUUUUUCAAGGUUUAUAUACCUCUUUGCGGAGAAAUCUGUUUUGAAAGAUGUAAAAUUUGAGCUACAAGGGUCACUCGGUGAAUCUUGGGCGUGAACAUCCGUUUUUGAGGAGAUUCAAUUUUUGCGCCCUCAUUAUUACGUUCGUGACGUCAUAACAACAUGGCGCGGCUGAAAGGAAAAUGAGGAAGAGGCCCUACCCUUCCUGAAUUAAAGUCCUUUCUACCGGGCUUCUCUCCAGUUUGAGGUGAAAAUCUUCCACGCUGUCCCUUCAAGAGGAAAUAGGGGGCCGCCACGAUGGAAAAUGUUCCGAUUCGGGACAGGGUGACUGCAGAAGAGCGGUUUGAGUCUGCCCAAGUCUGCCUGAGUCAAGGGGAGGUGGAGGAGGCACACAGAUUAUUACAGGAGGCUGUGAGACUGGACCCGUCCAACAUCGUGUACAAGGACAGUCUACAGGAGGUGGUACGCCUGCGGGACCAGCAGCACAGUGUGUAUAACGACCCCGCCACCACCACCUUCAGCUUCUUCCACCACGGCGGGCCUGGCGACGCGUCCGGCUGCCAGGGGGCCGGCUCCGACGAGGACGGACCACUCAAACUCUUCAACAUCUGGUCCAGCUGGUCGGGAUUCGGCUCGCCGUUCGGCUUCAACCUGCCGUGUCAGAGCCCUCCCCCCGACGCCAGCCCGCAUCUCCCUUCCCAGCCUGCACCUGGCACCCCUCAGCAGCCUUCCCAUGAUGCCCCGCAAGCAGCCGCCCAGGACCAGAAGUCCCAGGGUCGCAAGUCGGAGGACUUUGACUUCGACAUCCAGUAUCGACCCAAAACCAAGAAGGGAGAGAAGGAUACUACAUCCGGCUAUGCUACAGAUGCUAAGGCGUUCAACCUCCAAGACGCUGCCAGAGAGGGAGAAAAGAUGUACAAGGAUGCGUUCACGUCUUGGAAGGCCAAGCCGCACACUCCCGAGCCCGCGGACAAGAAGGCGAACGCAGCAAAGCCUAAAGUAGCUGCCGACCACUUAGAGUCGCUGGGCGCGAGUAGGGUGGUUCCCAACGUGAGGUACUCUGACAUCGCCAGCAAGCCGCCCAAACCUGCAGCACCAGAACCCAAGCACAGCCAACCACGGACCGCUAACACAACCAGUACCAAACCAACAGGCAAGAAGGCACAGAAGAAACAACGGGUCUACAAUGUAGACCUGAACAAGGAAGUCAAGCCAGACUCUAAGUACGGCCUGGACAGUUUUGACCCGAGCAGUGAGUCCACCAUGCACCGUGCUGAGUCCAUGCAGUCUGUCGCCUCUACCUCCUCCAACAGCAGUGACCGUGUGGCGUCUGCCACUGACCGCUCUCAUGUCAGCAACGGCCGCGUCCAGACCAGGACAUUCAGCAUGGACUCUGAUGACCACACAGAAGAUGCUGACCCUGUGCGGAAGGCUGACCACAGCCCCGCCCUUCCAGCCAAGACCACCGCCACCGGCGGGAAGUCAGGGUCAGAGGGUGACCGGCCCUCCCAGCGGGGCGGUCACUCCUCCAGGACACGCCACGCCGUGGACGAACUGUACUGCAGCGGGGACCUGGGAACAGGUCGUCAGGACACAGAGUUACAGAACGGGUUUGCCCGUCUGUACCAGGAGGAGGAGGAGGAGGGGGAGGAGGAGGAGGAGCACAGGACCAGGGGGAGGCACAGGAGCUCGGCCCGACACACCGACGGGGGGCCGCCCAAGAGGAGGUCCAAGAAACAGAGAAAGGGAGCAAGCAAAAAAGGCGGACUGUGGCACUCCAACAACAAGGCAGUGAUGAUGGCACGGGAAGUCAUGCUGGGCUUCUGGUUCCUCCUGCUGGACUUCUCCACCUGGACCUACCAGAGCGUGGCCAUGGCCGCCGAGCGCUCCACGCCCUUCCUGUACCAGGGCAUCACCGCGCUGGGCAUGCUCCUCAUCGUCUUCAGCGAUUGGCUGAGAGAGAUCGCCUCCAAGGCCUGGGAUUGGUUCUUGGAGCGGCUGUUCCGGGGCGUGGAGUGGACGAACCAGCGGUCGGCGCGCCUGUGGGAGUGGCUGAAGACGAGAGCGCCCGUGUCCAGAGUAGAGGCGGGAAACCUGGCGAACAAGGCCGUGAGCUUGGCGAAACAAGUCCUGUACGGAGCCGUGUCACUAGUGGUGUUUCUACUGGUACUAACCUACCUGCUAGUCAAACAGAUCCUGUUAUGGGCAUACAGAGGAGUCUGCUAUGUGAUAAAUGCUGUGAUGAGGAGGGACAGAAAAGGCAGGAGUCAGCUGGAGACAGAAGGGCUGGAGGAGAACAUAGAACUGCCCGCCACUGGUGAAGAGGCAGUAAGAAGAUUGCUGUCCAUGAAAGACAGGGACCCAUGGAGUAUCCUGGGUGUUAGGAGGGACGCCUGUGCUGAUGAUGUCAAGAAGUACUACAGGAGACAGGCUGUCCUAGUGCACCCAGACAAGAACCAGUUGCCAGGUGCAGAAGAGGCCUUCAAGAUCCUGGGCCAUGCCUUUGAGGUGCUUGCCGAUCCGAUGAAGCGGAGAGAGUACAUCCAACAGAAGUCCAACAAGACUAAGGUGGAUGAAGCCAUGGAGGAGUUCUUUGGCCAGCUGGAGGAACUGCGUCAGAGGCUGCAGGAGGCUAUCUACACCAUGCGCUGUGACCGCUGUGGUGAGAAGCACCGGCGUGUGCCCAUGGACCGGCCCUGGUACGCCGCACGUUUCUGUACACGCUGCAACACGCACCACUGCGCCAACGAGGGUGACAUCUGGGUGGAGACAACCAUGAUGGGCUUCAAGUGGCACUACUUUGCCGUGAUGGACAGCGAGGUGUGUGACAUCACUGAGUGGGCCAGGUGCCAGACCGAGCUGCACAACCUCCAGCCCAACUCCCACUUCGUGCAGUGCCGCAUCGACACCAAGGGCGCCCGCAGCGCCAAGAACUUCUUCAACCCCAACCGCCCACGCGAGGACGAGCUGGACGAGUUCCUCGCCAACCUCUUCUACGAGGCCAUGAAGGAGGAGUCUCGGAGGGAGGGCGGGGCCGCCGCGCCCGGACACGCCCCGGGACACGCCCCGCCCCAAUCACAGGACUUCACCGGUGCUCAACCCAAGAAGGGCGGCAAGCGGAGAAAGAAGAGACGAUGAUGGAACGACCGGUGCUAGGGCUGCCUUCAUCACACCUGAGUUAGAAUCUCUCUUGUAGGGGUCAAAGGGCAGGAUAGAUCUGGGAUGACCUCAUGAGGUGCCUAUGACAUCACCAGGGCGGCCUUGUGACAUCACCAAUUGCCUAUGACAUCACUCGGGUGACAUCACUGACCAUGUGACCCCAGAGCAAUUGUAGACGGCAAGCAAAUGUAGCGUUUGUAAUCCAAGCCCAGCUUCCAUUAUAGACAAGUAUUACAUUAUCCAUGAUUAUUACCGAUGUUGCCCUGAAAAUAUAUAUAUCAGUUUUUUUUUUUACUACAAAGAUCCGUGAUAUUCAUCCAGAUAUUACUGCAGUGCGUUUGAAAAAGUUUCCAUUGGGAAAAACAAUGUGUUUUCUGCAAAUUUUAUGUAUCAGCUGUUAUUUACUGAGAGGGGACAACUUAAACUUGAGACUACUGAAGAAGCUGUCAUUUUGCAAGAUUUUCCAUACAAGAAAAAGAACUUCCUUUCUGUAUUCUAUUGCUUUCUUUGCAUUUCUUCGCACAAUUUUUUGUCAGAUUGUAGCCAUGACAUUGGAAAGACCCCACAGGGACACUGUGUGUCAAGUAGCAAGUACUUAUGUAAGAUUGUAGCAGUUGUCUCAAAACAGGACUGAACACAGUCGUAGCAUUCUAAAGUGAAUUGGAUUUAGUUCCGUUGGUUCAGCUUGUGUCAUCAUUGUUGGUUCAUGUGGCAGGGCUACCCUGAUCAGAUUUUGAUAGACUGCUAGAAAACUAUCAGAGGAAAAAGGUGGACAGCCAUUUAUCCAUGACCAUGUAAUGACUUGAGUUACACAUUACAAACAUAUACUUUGCAGGGUUAGAAACGGGUUGGUUAACUUGGAACCAGUAGUUUGUUAUCGUUGGGAUUUAGAAAUUUAUUCAUAUCCUAUCUUUUCAUCAUGGCACACUAUUCCAGAUCUGUCUCUUGACAUGCGUCAAUCAUUUUCAGACUUGUAGAUUGGUCAGUGUAAUUAAAUGUAUGACUUGUUUUAUAAAAAGUAUAUCAGAUCACAGCAAACCCUCCUAUUAUACUAGUUCUAUUCAUCCUGGGUUGCAUUUGCUUAAACAAAGCCAUCACAAAAAAAUUAUUAGAUGUUUCUAAGUAUUUCUUUUUUGUAGUUCGUGUAUGUGGUAUAUUGUAAAGGGUAAAAGCUGGUAUUGAAAAGAUUACGAUAUUGGACAUCACAUAGCAAGAAUUAGCAGAAAACUUGCUUCAACUCUGUUUGACUUGUACAUUGAGUAUCAGCCUCUGUGAUGUCUACUUUUUCAAGUUGACUCUUGAUUACUAGUAUAUGUUGCUUUAAGUGCCUUAAGGAUUGGGACAGGUAUAAACUACACUUAGGCUUUGUCACAACAACAACAAAAAUAAUCAUCAAGCCAAUCGACAACGAUAACUUUCAGCAUGAAUUUGUACCUACUCCAAAACAAGCCCAACUUUUUUUUUUCUGGAAUAGAAUCUGUCCAUGUUUAGCAUGAUUCUCAGAGAUUCACUGAACAAAACAAUAACACUUAUUUGCUCUAAAGCCACAGAACUCUUUUGUAUCACUCUUCCGUCUCAGAAGUGCAAUUGAUCUCAUUUCCUAACUACUGCAGAGCAGUCUCUUUGUUAUAGCACACAGUGAUUCACACAUGAAAUACGCUGAUGUGAUUAUAUCAUUCAUAAGCUCCCUAUACAAUAAUGAAGCAUUUUUUUUUACAUUCGACUGAAACAUACAUGUGACAUAGGACCAUGAAAAGUGAUCUCUAUCUUGACUCGGCAUGGCGAUUAUAGAAAUAUACUGAUAUUGUCAAUGCCUCCCCCCC